UGUAUCUAUUUAUCUUUGUCUACUCUCUCGUAGGAGCCGUAUGUAAUGCCAAAUGUAAUAAUAAAAUUUGUUAAAAAAAAAAAUAAGGAAUCGAUUUCUUUGAUAAGACUAUCGUCAAUUCAAAUGUUUCGCGGCAUUUCCACCGCAUCGAUCGACUGUUUUACCGACGCGACCGAAGCUUUUUAUCGGUCGGGACGAGAUGUCGCUGCAUGAUCGUGACGCGAUCCACGGAAUUUUCCGAAGAAACGGACCGGCGUGGCAGCGCGAAGGUACGAUGACCUGCUCGAUUUACGCGUUACGUGGCUGAGCGUGGUUGCGUCGUAGAAGAUGUAAGACGAGCUCCGUUGAAUUGUACGCAACCGUUAUGCCUCGUCGAACGAUAUAUCUCAGCUAUCGCGUGGACCCAAAUGAUAGAGGCAUCCAGCGAAGUUCGCGAAAAGAAGGGGGAACGCGAGCAGAGAGCGAGCAAGUCGCAGAAAAGGAGCGAGAGAGAGGGAGGCGGAUAUAGACCGAAAGGAGAGACCGGUGCGAGGCGGCUAGUGAGAGGGAACAAGAGACAGAAAGGGAGGGGAAGAAAAGUAGACGAAGAAGAAGGCUCUUUGGUGGAGCACGAGGCAACAACAAACGACGCACACAUCGGCUCGUGCGAACAUGGCCCGGAAGGUGCGCGCAAGGCUACUGCGCAGAGUCUUGUUUUGCUUGCCGCGGGACGAAGGGAGCACGGAGGCGGACGCACGUUCACGGGGCAUGGCGUGGUGCGCGUUCUAGUAAACAAGUUGUGCGCGGCUCGUGCGGGGAAUCUGCGUUCCGGAGUCAUCGUGAUUUUUCGUAGGAACGAACGCGAUUUAGCCCGGUCAGAGUGAAUCGUGCCGUGCACAGAGGUGGUUAGUUUAGUUUAGACCCAGCCUGCAUCCGUGACGGACCUAGAACGACUCGUCGUAGAAUAUUCGGCGCCGUCCUACAGGCGAGAGAAGUUCAUCGAGCUCUGGUGUAACUCGACCACCGCGAACCACCUCGUGUCUUCUCCGUUCGUCUGUCUGCUGGUCUGUCUCUCUGUGUACAUAUCUGUGUCACAUACGUAUAUCGCGACUACUCCGUUACGAGUGUUUACAUACGCGGAACAAGUGUUGUGCGUUGUUGACGAAAGUGCUGGGCGAUUCUCAGUUAUCGAGCGGCCCUCGAUCGUAUCCGAGCCACAACGUUUCGCCGACGGCAUUCGUCGAAUUCUUCCACCACGCUGAUUCGGACGUUAAAUAAUUCGGACGGCGCAGACUAGAAAACGAGACGCCCAGGAACUAUACCGCGAUUCUCGGAUGAAGAAAUAACAAACGAAAUAAUAAAAACGACGAAGGGAAUCGAAGACGAAGGAGCACAACGAAGGAGUACGACGACGAUCCACAUUGCAGAGACGAAGACGCGCAAAUUAUACAGUGCGACGUGGCAUGAUCGUCACAAAAAGAAGACGAAGAAGCAAAAAGAAUUUCUCGGAUCGCACGCGCGAGAGGAUUUAAUAUUCAGCGCGGGUGAAUCGAUCGCUGUCGGUUCCGAGACGACGGAGAUCGCGAGGGACUUGUGCGCGCACGAGCGAAACGCUGGCGUCGUUUGACCUACCGACCUAUCGCUAUUGUAUUUCCAACGUUACAUGCUAAUAUAUUCCGCUUAACCUCCGAACAGUUCGAACCUCGAGACCUGAAUCGCGGCGUUCCAAUUUUCGUAAGUAACUAGUGGAAAGGUCGAUUCGAAUACUCCAAAGGAAUCGGUAGACCUCGCGUUCGAGGAAUAUAACCAAAGAUCUGGAAGAGUUUGCUUCCGUCUGACUAGAUCGAAGGAUAAUCGUAGAAGGGAACGUCAGGGAUCCCGGUAAAAGCUCGGCGUGUUUCUGGGGCCGUUAGCAGGAAUCAAACGUCACCGACGACGCGGUCGGGUCAUCAUCCUCUUGUUCCCUCCAGAAACGCAAAGAUGAAGUCAACGCGGUGCACUCGCAAUUUCGGCAGCGCAACGUCCGAGGACAAGCUAGGCGCAUCUCCUUCGGAGGUUCGCGCGACAUCCUCCGUCCAUCGUUCAAAUAUUGACACCGCGACCACCACCAUCGUCACGGUUGGUACCGCGGUCCUCGACGCAGCUAUCACAGGCUGCAACAACGACGUCGUUACCACCACUACGACCACCUGUUAUUGUUCGUCGGGUCGUGACACCCUCGAGUACACCGACCCGUCCCAUUUCCUCUCGUCGCCGUUGUCGACGUCGAAUCACCCGUGUCGGACCACUCGCUGCGAUCUCUGCGACCGCCUCCACGGAUGCAGCGAACCGCUGGACCAUCGAAUCGUCGCGGACACCGAUAACCAACGAGUGCGCCGCGACCGUGACAACGCCGCGACGUUACCUUUACCUUUGUCCAGAACGUUCGAUCGCAGCAAGCAAAAGAGCUCGACGUCCACCUCGAAGACGCGCAGGUGGAACUCGUGUACCGAGAGAUGGUCAAACUGGACGAUGCAGAAGCAGACAACACUUUGGACUCUAUUGUUUUUAUCGGUUCUCGUGUUCCCUACUCUAGCUGACCAUCCGAUCGGUACGACUAGUGACUCUUCCAAAGAAGACGGAGUAUGCCAAAGUAUAGACAUACGAAACGGAGUGCGAAAUUUCUCGAAACUAAAAGGAUGCCGGAUAGUCGAAGGCUUCGUACAAAUUCUCUUAAUCGACAAUGCGGAACCAUGGGAGUACGCCAACAUUUCUUUUCCGGAGCUGAGGGAGAUCACCGGCUACCUACUUUUAUACAGGGUAGACGGUCUGCGCAGCAUCGGUCGCCUGUUCCCCAACCUGACGGUGAUUCGCGGUCAUUCUCUUUUCAUUAACUAUGCUUUGGUCGCGUUCGAGGUGAUGAACCUACAGGAAAUCGGGCUUCACAGUCUCACCACGAUUCAGCGAGGCUCCGUUCGCUUCGAGAUGAAUCCUGCGCUCUGUUACGUGGACACGAUCGACUGGGACUUGAUAGCCAAGGCUGGCAGAGGUGAACACGUCAUCACGGGAAAUAAUCCAAAGAACGGGUGUCCGGUGUGCGAGAAAAACUGUCCGCGAAGUGUGACAAAGCCAGGCGAGACAUUGUGCUGGAACCAGCAACACUGCCAACAAAUUUGCGACCCGAAAUGCGAGAACAACGCCUGCGACGGGAGUGGGAAUUGUUGUCACCCAUCGUGUCUCGGUACGUGCACCGGUCCGACCAUGCGCGACUGCAUGGUGUGCAAGGAUAUGAUAACCGCCGAUAACGAAUGCAAGCCGAAAUGUCCGAACGGCUUGCUGGAGUUCAUGAGCCACCGGUGCAUCGACGAGGAUAGGUGUUAUCGAAUGGAGAAGCCGCGGGAAGCGUACAACGUGAGAAAUUACCCGUACAAGCCGUUCAAUGGUAGCUGCGUGAUGGAGUGUCCUCCAGGUUUCGUGGACGAGGAGAUAAACGGGAAGCCGUCGUGCAAAAAGUGCGACGGUCCCUGUCAGAAGGAGUGCGCCGGGUCGAACGUGGACAGCAUGGCUUCGGCGCAAAAACUCCGCGGCUGCACCCACAUAACCGGCAGCCUCGAGAUCCAGAUCCGCGGAGGCCAGAACAUCGUGAAGGAACUGGAGGACAGUCUCAGCACGAUAGAGGAAAUAGACGGCUACCUGAAGAUUGUGCGAAGUUUCCCACUGAUAUCGCUCAACUUCUUAAAAAAUCUACGGAUAAUACACGGCAACGACAUCGAUAACUCGAAAUACUCGCUGGUCGUGAUGGACAACCAGAAUCUCCAGGAGCUGUGGGACUGGAGCUGGCAUCGCGACAUAAAGAUCAUGUCGAAAGGCGAACCAGGCAAGGUGUUCUUCCAUCUGAAUCCCAAAUUGUGCCUGUACAAGAUCGAGACGUUGCGGGAAAAGGCAGGCUUGAGACCGUUCACCAACUACGAAGUGGCAUCGAACAGCAACGGCGACAAGGUGGCGUGCAACGUGACCGAGUUGAGGACCAGAGUCGGCACCAAGUCGCCGUGGGGUGCGGUGAUCGAGUGGGAACCGUUCGUUCAUCACGACGCCAGGUCGCUUCUGGGCUACGUGGUGUACUUCAUCGAGGCACCGAACGGAAACGUGACGAUGUACGACGGUAGGGAUGCGUGCGGCGGCGACGGCUGGAAGGUAGACGACGUAGCGGCGAAUAUGAACGCCAGCUUGAUGGAAAGCUCGAAAUUUCCUGGCCAAGAGGAAAAGAGAGUCCACACGCACUACCUGUCCCAGCUGAAGCCGUACACGCAGUACGCGUAUUACGUAAAAACCUACACGAUCGCUACUGAAAGAUCCGGGGCCCAGAGCAACCUGACGUACUUCAGAACGAUGCCAGAGGCACCGGAGCCACCCAGAUUCUUAAGAAUUUGGACCUCCUUGAGCGACGAGCUCAGCAUGUCCUGGUCACCGCCUCUGAACAAGAACGGAAACCUAACCCACUAUCGUAUCUUCGGUCGAUGGGAGCCUGAUGACCCGAACUUCAUCGAUCAGAGAAACUAUUGCGAGGAACCAAUGCUUCUAACGGACAAAAAAGCGAUCUCGAUCGAGGAAGAGGACAGGAUUCGGAUGGAGGAGGAAGAGAAACGACUGGAGGAGGAAAAGAAGCAAAGCAUGGCGAAGGCUGGAACCUGCGAUUGCACGGAUCGUGAAAACGAUCAGUCGCUUCGCGAAAAGGAAGCCUCGAGCUCGAUCGCCUUCGAGGAUGCUUUGCACAAUCAGGUGUACGUCAAGCGUAAGCUGAGAACGAAACGCGACGUCGGUGACCUGUCUUUCGCCCCCUCCAGUCGUAGAACGAAGGCCUUGGAUCGCGAACAGCCUAUUGCGGACAAAAUGGAGAAUGACACGUACGUGGUGUUCGAGCGGCUCGUGCCAAGUACGAACUUGUCGUUCGCGAUGAAAAGUCUCCGACACUUCGCCAUCUACAACAUCGAAGUGGAAGCGUGCAGGGCACAGGAGAACGACACGUACAAGAAAUGCUCCACCAAGAGCAUGAGAACGUACCGCACGUUGCCGUUGGACACGGCCGACAACAUUCCUUCGAACACGUUCGAGAUGAGUACAUCUCGAGAAAAUAACAGCCUGACGACGAUGGUCACUCUUCAGUGGGAAGAACCGCCGCAACCCAACGGCUUGAUAGUGACCUAUCACAUCGAGUACAAGAGGGUAGACAUUCAAAAUUACAAACCGACGGUGAUCUGCAUCACGAGGCGAGACUUCACGCAAGCGGGGAAAUCGUACAUCCUAAAGGGUCUCCAAGCUGGAAAUUACUCGGUGAAAGUAAGAGCGACGAGUUUGGCAGGGAAUGGUGCGUUCACGCAAGUCAAGUACUUUUACAUCGAGGAACACAACACAUUCGGCACGUUCUGGGUGAUCUUCUGGUUGGUGUUCUGCGUGAUCUUCGCCAUUCUCUGUUUGACGACGUACCAUGUACUGAAACAGAAGUACAUGAGAAACGACACAAACUCGACGCUCAUAGCGACGGUGAACCCGGACUAUGCGAGCGCGACAUACGUCCCCGACGAAUGGGAGGUGCCCAGAGAGAAGAUCACGAUACUCAAACCUCUGGGUAACGGUUCGUUCGGAAUGGUGUACGAAGGUAUAGCCCUUGACAUCGUGAAAGGCAAGCAAAAGGUGCAGUGCGCCGUCAAAACGGUCAACAAAGACGCUACCGAACGGGAGCGUAUCGAGUUUCUCAACGAAGCGUCGGUGAUGAAGGGUUUCGACGCCCAUCACGUAGUGAAAUUGUUGGGCGUGGUGACACGCGAUCAACCGACGCUGGUUAUCAUGGAAUUGAUGAUAAACGGUGACUUAAAGAGAUACCUGAAAAGUCACCGGCCAGAAACUUUCGAGGACAGCAUCAACCACACACCACCGAAAUUGGAGAGAAUACUCCAGAUGGCGAUCGAGAUAGCUGACGGCAUGGCCUACCUCGCCACGAAGAAGUUCGUCCACAGAGACUUGGCUGCCCGGAACUGCAUGGUCGCCGAGGAUCUCACCGUGAAGGUGGGAGAUUUCGGAAUGACAAGGGACGUAUACGAGAGGGAUUACUAUCGGAAGGGCAGCAAGGGACUUCUACCAGUCAGAUGGAUGGCACCGGAAAGCUUGAAGGAUGGCGUGUUCAGCAGCUAUUCCGACGUAUGGAGUUACGGGGUGGUGUUAUGGGAAAUGGUGACCUUCGCGUUGCAACCUUAUCAGGGACUAUCCAACGACCAGGUUCUGCGGUAUGUGAUCGAAGGAGGAGUUAUGGAGCGGCCGGAGAAUUGUCCCGAGCUGCUGUACGAGUUGAUGAAGCGCACAUGGAGGCACAAAGCGACCAAGAGACCAACGUUCAUGGAUAUCGCGCAGACGCUUCUGAAACACAUCGAUUCCGAGAACUUUCAACGUGUUAGUUUCUACCACAGCACGGAGGGAAUCGAAGCGCGUAAUCAAAACAGAUCCACCUCCCCGCAGACCGAUCAGCACCUGGAACUAUCUACCUUACAAGACUUGCCAGAGGAGGAGGCGGAAGGCGAGGAGGACUCACCUUUACGGCAAGAUUUCGGUGACUUUGCCAGCUUCGAUCCUAGUAGCAUUAAGAACAGCUUCGGGUCUCGCUACAGGAUAGACGCUUACAGCGAUAACUCGAAGGCUACGAUGAAUUGCCACAACACAAACUCCUCGCAUGUUCCGCUAAAGGCGGGAUUCGACGACUUUGAUGGAGUUUCGGCAAAUUCGAUCGUCUCUGGCAAAGAUACACCGAACAUGCCGUUCAUGGAGGACAGCCUGAAGUCCGUCAAGAGCUCGCCUUUCAUAGACGCGAGGAGCGGGUCUCGGAGCAACCUCAGCCAGCUCUCCAUGAGCAACAAGUCAGGAAGCAGCGCGAUGAACGCGAACAAGCAAAGCUUCCUGAAUAGCCCGAACUUCUCCAAGCUGGCCAGUCCCGACUACGAGAACGGUAGCCCGGAAAUCCUGUCAGCCGUCGAGAAUAGAGAGACGGUGACGCUACGAGUCGACUUCCCGUCCAUGGACACUAUCGAUAUCGGCAACGAGAAAAAGGACUCGAUACCGUUAGCCAUCGAGUACGUGAACAAGUCGGAGACACUGAACAAUGGGUACAUCGGUGGCGCGACCACGUAGUCGUAAACGCGUUCGUGGCGCGAGUUACUGCCCAACCGAUAUCGCGACUCGAACAGUGUCCCCCGAAUCUACGAGUCGCGAUGAAACAUUUCUCAAGUGCAUCGACCGAUGAAGUGUGUGUUCAAACGUGCAACGAUGUGAAUGCGUCGAGUCCAAAGUGGCCGGGAAGUCUGACAUGAACAUAUUCGGGGUAUUCCAAAACUGAACGACUAUUCGAAACCGGCAGUGUCUGUGCGACGAUUCGCGAGCCCGAAGUGCUCGCGACGAAACGUUCCAAAAAUCCCCCGACACUGAGUUUUCUAUACGCUCAAGCGAUACGUUGGACAAAAGUGCGUUUAGAUAGAUCGGGGACAUUUUAAUCAUGUAAGUUUUAAUUUUAAGCUUUUGGACGCGAUCGGACGCGUAUCCCCGAUCCUGUGACGAUUGACGAUUUACUAUUUUCGUAAAGUACGCGGAUGUCUCGAUUUUCGUCUCUCCCGCAACAACUUAUUCGUAAAAACGCAGAGACGCAAAUCUUUAUUUUUGCGCGUUAACAUUAAAACAGACACUGCCUUUUUAGACCGAGAAAUAACAAUAAAUAGCGGAAACGAUGGAACAAAUUCCGAUCAAUCGACGACUACUAAACGAAGACGCGCGACUACCGUCUUUUCACGCCGGGUAAACAUAACAGCCGUGAUUACGGCCGUGACACAUAUACGUAAUCGCAUCAAAGAUUUAUAUUAUUUAAUUGUUUAUAUUAUAUCUGCAUACGGAGUGAACGAACCACUCUAUGUAUGCGUGUCUAUAUGUAUAUACUUGUGUGUCUGCCUGUAUGUAUGUAUGUAUGUAUGUGUGUGUGUGUGUGUGUGUGCGUGUAUGUAUGUAUGUAUGUAUGUAUUCUGUUACAUUACCAUUAUUUCAGAGACGCGCUUGUUCGAAACUAACCGUAACAAAGAAAAGUCGGCUUCCUUUCUUUCAGUUGACCGUGUCGAAGCAGGGAAUCGAAGUGGCAAUUAAGCGCAUCACCUUGUAACUAGGCGGUGCGACGAUUUUAUAUUUUACAAGAGACACGCGUAUCGCGCUUAGCUGCCAUUUUGCACGAUUUUAAGCUUCUACGCGAUUAUUAGUAUCUACAAAUUAGGUUAUUCGACGUUCGUUGAAGAGGGAAUAUACCCAGAGACUAAGCUUCAAAUUUUAAUUACACGGAAUGUUUCGUUUAAAGCAGAAUAGAUACAUAUUUCAAGAGGGGAUGAAAGCAGUGAUGGGCAAAACCCUAGGCUUCGAAUAAAUCUGAAGUAUGUUGAUAUGUGUGUCUCGUUUCCUCUUUUAAAAAUUUUCCAAAGAAGGAAAUGAGACAAAUAUAUCGGCAAACUUCAGAUUUAUUCGAAGUCUAGGGUUUUGCCCAUCUCUGGAUGAAAGUAUCAACAAAAUGUUUUUACGACAGUUAUUUGAUACAGAGGAAAAAUUCAGUCGAAGUGGUGGGAGAGAUUUAAAAAACAAAUCAAUUUUUUUCAACGGAACCUUACAUAUUUUUACCCACAACAAGAUCACAUUUCUUUAAACAGAUACAUCGAUCCAUCAUACUUGGUCAUUUAUCGUAAUAUAAAAUCUUAAAUAGGAGGUUAUAUUUAGUAGAUUUAGCGCAACCCGGCAGUCGGUCCAACGAGAGUAGAGGACGAAAUAAGAGAAAAAAGAAGCUGUACUCUUGUUAUACUGACUAGCAGGUUGCGUUAAAUUUACUAUGUACACCCUCCAAUUUGUGCUUUUAUAUGACAAUAAAUGACCGCGUAUGAAUUGGGUCGAUGAAUUUGUCUAAAAAACAUCUUUUUGAUAGCUUCAUCCCCUCCUAAGAUAUUUAAAUAUUUCCAUUUAGAUGAAACACCCAGUACGUAACGAUCAAAUUAAAACUCACUGAAAGUUUAGCAGUCUCAUUCGAAUAUCAAAGAUUCGGUCGCGUCUCCGCGUAUAUUCGUCCCAGUUUACUUCGGGUGAACACGAGAAACCGCAAUUCCCUUCAAUUCCUGCGCUCCGACAACUCAUUUCCCCGAAACUUCUUCCCCUGACCUGUGUGCAAUAGAAAAAUGCUUGAUUGGUGCUAACGCGAGCGAAACGAAUCGACGCCGACUCGAUUCGAGUUUCUCGUGUUCACACCACGCGUGAUUAAUACAAAAUCGAACCAUUCGGAGGCAUGAUCUCAGUGUGCUUUCGAAUAGACGAGAGAACGUAGACUGUCUAUAGCUCGAAGUCGAGAGUCGAGAUCGAUCGACGAAGGAAAUAGGUUCGAAUUCGCGAAUUGUCGUGGAGUGCAAACACUAUCGUCGAGCAAAAAAAAGCGAAAGAAAUAUAAUUACGUACGAACAGCAACGCGCCACGCGGUUGAGUCUAGACGUAACGAGCCUCUAACACAUAAGACUGAUUAGCUAAUCCCAUUUUAUUAACGCCCAUGUUUGCUGAGUAAGUUUAACGUUGUCGAACGAAAUGGUAGAAGUUCCAUAUACACAUGUAUACGUAUAUUUUCUCAUCUCUUUGCGAGAUCCAUCCUCCUUUUUUUUUUUUUGCUACGUCUCCCUUUUUUUCUCCUCGAGACUUAUCGUCAGCUCGUACCAUCUUUCUUUUUCUCGCGUACUUCGUGCACGGCUAGACGAGGAGGCUGUUCCUCCGAACGUACCAGGACGCGAGAAAAAGAAACGUACGAGCAACCGUGAACAGAACUUAAACGCUUUGGAAUCGAAUUCGUGUAAACCACCGUUCGUUUUGUUGACGCCAGGCUUUUUGGAUGGCAUUCCGAAAAAGGACACCGAUAUUCGAUUCGACUCUUACGUCCUUUACAGUCUUCGCUCCUGGAACGAUCUUUCUGUCCUCGCUACCGUUGGCUAUAAUAUUCGGACGUUUGCUGUUUAAAAAUCAAACGUUUAUUCAAGUAUUCGUAUGACCGAGGACAUUCCGUUGACGCACGUAGUAUCCGUAGAAUACUUUGAACGCAAAAUUAUCAAGAUCGCGAAAGGAUCGACCAUUUUAUAGUUGAUUAAGUAAAAUAACAUUCUCCGUGGGCCAAGGAUCAAACAAUAACUUGAUGUUAUUCGACAAAAGUAUAUAUUCAAAGGUUUAUCAAGGUACACGAUGAGUCGCAGAAGUAUUCGAUCGAUUAACUUUAUAUUGUUAGGACAAAAUUUACAGAAUGCUCAUCGAUAAAUGCUUGUCUGGGAAAUAACAGUUUGAUGGAACGAAAAUACAGCGGUACAUAUCAAACAGUUGAUUUACAAUAUACCAGUUAAUUGACUGUUUAGCACGAGAACAAUAUUUUUGUGGAUGCUAGGUUAUUCAUAGUUUCAUAGUUUAUUUCUAUUUCUACUUUCGUUCCAUCAAACUGUUCUUUUUCCAGGAAGCAUUAAAUACGAUGAGCAUUCUAUAAAAUUGAUUUAUCUCUGACACGCGUCUUUAUUUUUACCCUAAAGAUUUCUCGGUGUAAUUUUUAACUCGUAACAGAAACUCGCAACGCUGUCCGUUACGUUACUUUGUGUAAUGAAUCGAUUUAAUCGUUUAAUCGACUGAUAUCGAAUAUUUCCGCGAGUCGGUGUACCCAAUGCCGAGUGAGAAACUAACUGUAUAGUAACGAGAUUCGAGCACCAGUGACCUAAUACGUACUACCUGCUUCAUUUGUUACGCUUUACACAUUACUAUUGUAUGUUAAGUCGAAGCAACGAGAAUCAUAGUAAUACGAACGAAUGUGGAAGACGAUCGCGCGACGAGGUUCCUAUACUAUGCACGUUCCCUAUUCGUUGAGUCAAAGUGCCAAGCCGAGGACCUGUGAAAUCGAGAAAAGUCGAACGCGAUUCGGAGAUUUUUUUUCAUGGAUCUACGCUGUGCGAUCGCUCGGGUACUUAUCGUCUUUAAUCACGACUGACAUAGGGACGUCGAGAUUUUUUUUUUUUUUUUUAGGAACACUCAUUCAAGAGAGAUAAAUCUGGACGUUCCUCUGCAAGCUUCUUUUGUCCUUUCAAUGUACUUCGAAGCUUUCCCGGUCUCGCUUAGCAUAAGUUUCACCCUCGUUUUCGGUCUCGCGGAAUUUUACGCGAUCCGCCGCUCUUCUUUCAAUGUUUAACUUGUUAAACCGACCCACAAACGCAGAGGUUUCCGACUGAUUUACCCGCGGACAGAGAUGUGCAAAAUUUUCAUGUUCGUAAAAUUUUACUUAUCUCUGCCGAUCUCAAAUCAGUCGGAAAACGCUCCGACAAAGGUCGCGUUGUCGACUGUUGUAUUAUAAACAUUGUCAAGCCUCGCUCGUAUUCUGAAGUAUUUAGUGUAAUACGGAUGUAAACAGUUAACGCUUAAACCAUAUGAAUACUCAGUGCGGUACAGGGUGUCCCUCGAGAUACGAAUCGAAUUUUCAACCGGCGAUAAGUUGCAAGAAUAAAAAUAUCAAAAACUAAAAUUUAGCGAAACAAUACGAAAGAAAAACUUUAUUUUGGAAUUUCCAUCGUUGCACCUUAUCAACGAUUAAAAAUUCGAUAAAUGUCUCGUUGUCGAACAUGCUGUGCACGCGCGCGCAGGCCCCGUAUGCGUAAGACAUCGUAAGUUUAAAUUCGAAAAAAAAUGUUUCCUACGAAGUGACGAGUUCUCUCUAUAUCAUACAAAGUGGCCCGUGGUUAUAAAAAGAAGUUUCUUAGGCCUAUAUAGUUUUGAGAUCGUGUAAUAUAUUAAGGAGAGAAGAAUCUGAACGACUGUGCGUGUACGUCUGUGUUCCGAAUUAGAAGAAAACAAACGCAUGCGGUUUGUACCCGCGAUACCGAUGCUAGCGAUCGCAGCGAGACAAGAAUUUCAAAGGGUUCCAGGCGUGACAGGCACCGAUAAUUCUACGACUGAAAAUUGUCUCCUAGCCUUUCCUCGUAUCGAAUCUUUCGACGAAAUUCAUUCCUUCAUUUCUUUAGACGCCUCCUCCAGCUCCUGUUCCCUGACGUUCGCGUCCAUACGCGAGAAUUCCUCCUGAACAAAAAGAGCACGCGGAAUCACAUUAGUCAUUUUCGAAAGAGUUCCCCGAACGAUCGCGUCGCAUCCUAGAUCGUACUCCACGAUUUGUUUACGGUGGACAUUUUUUUUUUUUCGUCGUAAGCUACUUUUUCGUAUUUCCUUUUUUUUCGAACGCGUAGUUUAAGGUACGAUAUACGUCGAGACCUGUCCUCCUGUUCCUAUUCCGUGUCGUUUAUUUUUACGGGUAAAGCCUGCAAUUUACGUACGAUUCGUUAGUCAUAGGUACGUUUACGUUUUUAGAAAUGUACAUAGAAAUAGACAUUCGCGAAAUUUGACGCAAACCUUCCUCCUCGCGGAUCACGAACGAUCAAUCCAAAUAGUUUUCCGUCAAGCAAAGAUUUGUCCGAAAAGCGAUUCCUCGCACACGACUGCUCAAUAUUAGAUUUGCUCAAGUUCUUUAUCCGACCUGUAGAUAACGCGAAACCGAUCAGGGAAAACAUUGUCGCCGAUAGUAGUCUCUCUAUUCGUUAAUUUUCGCCUCCGCUCCGAAUCCCUCGAUAUCUGUCCGUAUCGCGUGAACGCAUAGACGGAACCUCCUUGGAGAAACUACUAAUUUUUAUAGGGAACUUGCAGCGAAGUUUUUUCUACGCUGAACGUAUAUUGCAUAAAGACAAGGAAGAAUCGAGAGAUAUUUUAAAAUAUAGAACAUACUGUUAUAUUCGACUGUUGAACGUUAUUCUUAGUAUUGUUACGUUAAGCCCGAUUGGAAAAGAAAUCUACAGACGCAAGCCUGUUUCUUUUUUACCUAUACUUCCUUCCGCGUUUGUCCGUACUUUGCGAUCGUUCGCAGCGGAAUCCGUCGUCCCCUUUACGUACAUACGCGUGCCAACUGCCCCGUUCCCACGGAGAAAACGGUACGCGAAAUGACCGUUGGCUUGUUCGUAAGACGGGUGAAUAUUUUUCCUAUUAUUUAUUAUUAUUUUUUUUUUGUAUAUACAGUAUUGUCGUAUUUAUUUGUCAAUAAAGAGCUUGCGAUACGCGGA